AGGUUCCAUGUCCAGUACAAAGGAAAAGAAAAGGGGACUGAGGUCACAGUCUAGAAGAACACUGACAUUUAACAAACAAAGAACAUCCAGAGGAAGGGGAGCCCAGACAGGAAUAUGAGAAAACAGGAAAGCGAGUCAGUAGGAGUCUGGGAGCCAGGAAGUCCGACAAGUUCGAGAGAUCCGGCCUUCUGCAAAGAUAAGCUAUUGUCCAAAACUUUGCUUCAUUAUAGGAAAACCAAAGUCGACCACAAUUUCUAGGACCUUCUCAUUCUUGACAACAAUUCCCAGACCCCAGAGAGACCAAGGGUAUAAGCGGACAGGCACCACCGCUUCCGCUGCCGGAAAUACACACAACACCAAGACCUCCCAGUUGGGUUAUUUAGGCCCCACCCCCAACAAGCGAGCAUGCGCGGCUCCCUGCCCCAGCCCCUCCCUCUCAGGCCCACCCCCCCCUUUACGGAGCAUGCGCUGUCCUCCCUCGGUCCCGCCCCUCCCUUCCAGAGCCCUGGGUUCCUUAGAAACCAGGCGGCGUGUUCCCGGUGUCCGGGCGCUACCUUAUCGUACCCGCUCAACCGCACCAGUCUCUUUCAAAGCAGGCGGGUGGCUUCCGAGACCCGUCUGGACCCAUGGUUUCCGGUGCGGCGCGGAGCGGGCGAUGCCAGCGUGCCAGGAGCCAUGCUUGACCAGGAUGGUGGGAAGAUAAGCUCUAUGCUGGAGGCCCUUGUGAGGAGAUGAGGCGGUGAGCAGAGGCUGGGAUGAAGAUGCUGCCGGGAGUGGGCGUGUUUGGGACUGGCAGCUCAGCCCGGGUCUUGGUCCCACUGCUAAGAGCAGAAGGGUUCACUGUAGAGGCCCUGUGGGGGAAGACGGAGGAGGAGGCAAAGCAGCUUGCCGAGGAGAUGGACAUCACCUUCUACACCAGUCGCACUGAUGAUGUCUUGCUGCACCAGGAUGUGGACCUGGUGUGCAUCAACAUCCCCCCUCCGCUCACCCGGCAGAUAUCUGUGAAAGCUCUCGGCAUUGGGAAGAACGUGGUCUGUGAGAAGGCAGCAACCUCGGUGGACGCCUUCCGGAUGGUGACAGCCUCCCGCUACUACCCGCAGCUGAUGAGCCUGGUGGGGAAUGUGCUACGCUUCCUGCCUGCCUUCGUGCGCAUGAAACAGCUGAUUGCAGAGCAUUAUGUUGGCGCAGUGAUGAUCUGUGACGCCCGCAUCUACUCAGGCAGCCUGCUCAGCCCCAGCUAUGGCUGGAUCUGUGACGAACUCAUGGGCGGCGGGGGCCUGCACACCAUGGGCACCUACAUUGUGGACCUGUUGACCCACCUGACUGGCCGGAAAGCCGAGAAGGUGCACGGGCUGCUGAAGACCUUUGUGAGACAGAAUGCUGCCAUCCGUGGCAUCCGGCAUGUCACUAGCGAUGACUUCUGUUUCUUCCAAAUGCUCAUGGGCGGAGGAGUAUGCAGCACAGUGACACUUAACUUCAACAUGCCAGGCGCCUUUGUGCAUGAGGUCAUGGUGGUGGGCUCCACGGGGCGCCUUGUCGCUCGGGGAGCUGACCUCUAUGGGCAAAAGAACUCUGCCACACAAGAGGAGCUGCUAGUGAGGGACUCACUGGCCAUGGGCGCAGGGCUGCCCGAACAGGGGCCACAGGAUGUCCCACUGCUCUACCUGAAGGGCAUGGUCUACAUGGUACAGGCCUUGCGCCAGUCCUUCCAGGGGCAAGGGGACCGCCGCACCUGGGACCGCACCCCUGUUUCUAUGGCUGCCUCAUUCGAGGAUGGGCUCUACAUGCAGAGUGUGGUGGAUGCCAUCAAAAAGUCAAGCCGGUCCGGGGAGUGGGAGACUGUGGAGGUUCUGACGGAGGAGCCUGAUGCCAACCAGAACCUGUGUGAGGCACUUCAGCGGAAUAACCUAUGAGCCUGCAGUUGGGCUCCCUGCCACAGGGCACAGGGAUCAGGGAGGGAACAAUGAUGGAGGUACAGCUGGCGAUAGUAGACACAGUGUCAUUCAUUUAGUAAAUCCGCUUGGACUAGGGCUGAGAGAAGAUUGAAGGUGGCCCAGGGCAAUCUCCCUUGCGUCUGCUCAUUUACUCCUCAGACUUGCAGGACAGCGACACGCCUACUGCCACAGCCUAGACUAGCGUUGUGUACAGGGCAGAUCUGCUGCCACGCCUCUUCAUGGCUCUGCUCAUGAGUGGGACCAGUAAAACCCAGCUUGGGCUCCUCAACCUGAUCUGUGGUCUGACAGGAUGAAAAAGCCUAGAAAAGAGCCCCCUGGGCUGAGGUCUAGGAGAAAUGACAAGAAGCCUUGUUAUGUCCAUGCCCUCCUUGGGCACUGGGGCAUCUCAGGAACGGUGAGGCAACAAGUCAUCCCUCAGGGACCUCACCUGCUCUCCCAUCUGACCGCACCAGGCCGACCUGCACAGAGGAGGGUUUCUGUAUUCAGUGAGCUCAGGCUGUUGACUUAGGGCAGAGGGCCUCUGACUUGGCGGAGAGGAGAUAAGGGGAGCCAUAGAACAUCUGAUGAAUGUCACUAUAAAUGAGAAAAUAUGACUUCCUGGUGUGUGUUUUU